AGAAGACUAGUUACGGAGCUGGAGCUCGGGAGAGCGAUAACUUCAUAGAUCGAGGCAACAGGUAGCGCGCGUUGUCUUCGCCAUGAAGGGUCGUGAUGGAAGACGACGUUAUGAUUAGAGCAAAGCUCUUUCACAACCGAGUUCGGGAGUGUAUUAUCUGUGCACUACUGUUCACUGCUCUGUAUAUCCUCUCCUAUCUGGUGAUCACUCGGUUUAAGAAGAAUGCAGACUUUGCAGCAGACAAUAAUGAAGAUGCAACAGUCAAUCGCAUCACGUUAUGGAUGUGCACAUUCACUCUUGCAGUAUCUGCUGGUGCAGUCUUCCUCCUUCCAUUUUCAAUUAUUAGCAACGAGAUCCUGCUUUCAUUGCCAGAAAAUUACUAUAUGCAGUGGUUGAAUGGUUCCCUUAUUCAUGGCCUGUGGAAUCUUGUUUUCCUCUUCUCCAACAUCUCUCUGGUGUUCCUGAUGCCUUUUGCCUACUUCUUCACUGAAUCGGAGGGAUUUGCUGGCUCAAAAAAGGGAAUUAUGGCUCGAGUUUAUGAAACGGUCGUUGUCCUCUUCCUUCUGACCCUCCUGGUUCUGGGGAUUGUGUGGGUGGCAUCAGCAAUUAUCAAUAACGAUGCAGCUAGCAGAGAAUCUCUGUAUGAUCUGUGGGACUAUUACCUUCCGUACCUCUACUCGUGUAUUUCUCUAUUUGGAGUUCUGCUUCUCCUCUUGUGCACUCCUUUUGGCUUGUCCCGUAUGUUCACUGUCACUGGCCAACUUCUUGUAAAACCCAGGCUUUUGGAAGAUCUGGAUGAACAACUCAACUGUACACGAUUUGAGGAGGCUGCUAUGCUGCAUAAGCUAAAUGGCAAGAUGUCAUCCUGCUGGGUGUUUUUCAGUGUGGAGUCCCUCAAAAAGCAGUUUCUGAAUAUCCAUGCUAGAAGGCUUAAGUUGGAAAUGAGGAGAAGAGCUUCACCCUGGCAAAGGAACCUGGGAUACCCGUUGGCAAUGCUGUUGCUUCUGGCGUUAACGGGUAUCUCAGUCCUGCUGGUGGGAUUCCAUGUUCUUGAAUUACUUAUUGAUGAAACAGCCAUGCCCAAAGGAAUGCAGGAUCCUCUUCUGGGGAAAGACUCUCUCUCUAUGUUUGGUUCACUUGGAGCAGCUGUGGAAGUCAUUCUCAUUUUUUACUUAAUGGUGUCAUCAGUUGUUGGGUUUUACAGUUCUCCACUUUUUAUCAAACUUGCCCCCAGGAAGCAGGACACCACCAUGACUAAGAUAAUCGGGAACUGCGUGUCACUACUUGUUCUGAGCUCAGCCCUGCCAGUAUUCUCCCGGACACUCGGAAUCACAAACUUUGAUCUAUUGGGGAACUUUGGCAGUUUUAACUGGCUGGGGAAUUUUUACAUCAUCUUUCUCUACAACAUUUUUUUUGCUGGCCUUACUGCAAUGUGCCUGGUCAAAAAAUUCACCAGAGCUAUGCAAGCAGAGCUUCUCCGUGCAUUUGGGUUGGACAGAUUGCCUCUGCCUCUGCCUCUGCCCCUGCCCCUGCCUCUGCCUCUGCCUCUUCCAGUCACCAGAUCCAGCACCUCUGCCAAGAUGUGUCUAGCAAACAGCAAGAGACUCGUGUAACAUUGCUGGAUAGUUAUGGCUGAUGAAAUUUAAAUGGACCAGCCACUCAAGGGACUGAAUUAUGUUAAAACUAUACUGUGAAUGCUGCUAUAGGUUGGGUUUCUAAGUUCCAAGGCCCUUCGUAACCCAGGUCCAUAGAACGUGACCUUUAAACUCGUGAACGAGCAGUUCUUUUCAGCAAAUCCCUAGACUCUUGGGGUUGACCAAUCAAAUAUCUCUUCUCCACUACAGAGAAACCCAAGCGUUGUUUACAUCAGUCGGUGCUGGAAUUACCAUAAUGAGAGAGACCUCAUUAUGCAACUGUACAAUAUUAUGGGAUGGAAAUUAAUCCAAAGAGGCAGAUAUUUCAAGCAGUUAAAUGUUUACACAACGUACCCUGUGCAAUAUGGGUUUUUUUUCUAAAUGUGGUUUUAGCAUGUUUUAUUUAAAGUGUUUUUGCCCUUGGGUAUUGCCAGUGUGUUUUUUUUACGUUUACUGUGACUGGUGUUCCUUCCAUUUUUGUUUUAAACUGUUUUUUUUAGUAGUGGUGUCAAAAUGGAUAGGCUCUGAAGGAUUUCCAUGUCUGCUGGUAACAGUGGAAAUUGGGGAUGGGGAGCUCAGAAUAAAGCUGAAAGGUGUGUGUGUGUGUGUGCAUGCGUGUCCUCUGUUCUGUCGGAACAGGUUUGCUGUUAGGUCUGACACAGACACUAUUUGGAGGAAACGUUCUCCAGGAUAUUCCUCCAAGACCAUGCUCCUUCCGGGACCAUUUAAUGGAAGCAGUGGAAAGUACCUGGUGACUGAAACGCAGGCUGUUAACCAUGCAGAGAAAAGCUGGGUGGUUGACUGAGUUUUACCCAUUUAAGGGAGUUAGAACACUUUUAAUUAGUAAAUGUGAAGCUUUAGUUGAGAUUCAGGUAGGAGAGAUGUGAUGGAUUUCAUUGCGUUACAUGUUUCAAUACGAUAUUUACUGGAGUUCUAAUCUGCACUGUUUACUGGCAAAUGUUUUUAUGUUACUAAACUGGUGUUUUAUAAAUGGAGUGGGCAAUGUUGGCGUUAAGGAUGUUAAUGAAGCAAAACCCCAUCACCUCACUGCUUGGUGAUCGUUUUUUUUAUAUAUUCUUCAACGUUUUUAGUUGUUAAUGGAGCAAGAGUGUCAGGAGCUCAAACUGCAUCUCUGCACACAUUCAGGUUGCCUCCUGCCCAGCCCAAAGCUAGGACUUCAAUUAAAUGAAGGAUUGAAUUGAGUUUUAUUUCUUUUCUACUGGAUUUGAACAGCACUGACUGAGUUAUCUGCCAGCACAUGAGAUUAGAGACAUAUCUGUACCACGAAGACUCUCUAAAUAGAUGAGCUGUCAAACCAUUACCACUUCCAAUGUCAAAGAAAGAUGAUAGUUAAUGCUUUUUAGCCAUUGAUCUGUUUGUGGGUUUAUUAUAAAAUUGCUAAUUAUUAGGCAUCUGGGUUGUUUUUCCAUUGGAUCCUAUGUAUAUUGAUAAAUUACAUAUUAUCAUUCACCAAUUUUUAGAGGCAGGGAUUACCUUUUUUAGUGAUGCAUUUCUCUCCACCAUGGCCUCUGCCAUGGUCCAGCCAGCUACUAGAAAGAUGCACAUGGGGACUCCCUGUGGGGACUGUCUGGCUCUCCUGCCACCUCUCUAUUCCUCCUGUUGAUUAACUUCCCCAUGAUGGCAUCAAAAUUUGGAUGUUGAAAACCCUUUCAUUGCAAAAUGUUUAACAAACUAACUCUUCAAUUGCAGCCCUGCAUUCUGGUCAUUGGGCUUUUGUCCUCCAAGUAUUGUAGAUCACUCUUUUCCUGUUUCUUAAGCUUUAGUUAGCAGAAAACCAUCUUAAAUGUUGUUCUUUCAAAAGUGCUGUAUUAUUAAAUUAAUUCAUACAGUUAAAAUCUUGGGCUAGUUAGCAAAGGUGGUAAAUAAUUGAAGGAUAUUGUUUGUUCUGGGAUGCCAUUUGAGCUUUUAUUUUAAUAUAAGCAUCCAAUUUAGGCUGUGUAAAAUGUUUAGGAGUGGUAAUUUCUGCAGAACAACAGGCAUUGAUGGUGUGAAGGACCAGUGAUGGAAGCCAAGCGUAUCAAUGGGUCUCAUUAGAGUUGCACAGAAACCUUUUAGAAGUUUUGCAGUAGUCUCUUGGGCAGAAUGGGUGCGAUUUUCUCGACCUCCCAGAAGCACCAGAAUAAAGGAAGAUUAUUUAGGCUUUCCACCAUCUCUCCUAAAUUCUAACAGCUCUUUUAAAGUUCUUAAAGUUGAUCUUGUGUGAAGUCCUGUCCUGGUAAUGCUUGCUUAAAAUAUCUUUUAUGGAGAAUAAUGGCAAUUACUGUUUACAGUUUGGGAUGACUUGCAGUUGCUUUGCCUAAUUUCUCUGGAGGUCUUUACAGUACAUAUCUCCACCAUGAAUUUGUGUAGAAUAUCACUCAGACCAACGAUAUGGACUUGUGUUGCUUGAAUUGGAUUUUUGUGCCAGAGUUUUGUUUCAUUUGUGAAACAAUGUCUAUAAAGACAAUGAUGGAAAGAAUUGGUUAGAUCCCAGCUGCUUGCUGAGGGCUAUUGUUUUUAGAAAUCUAAAUGAUUUGCAAAAGCUGAAUGGGCAGUUUGCAUUCCUGACUCUGCAUUAUGAAUGGCAGGAGGAGGAAGAUGAAAGUGUACAGUCUGAACACAAGUCCAUGAAUGUCCUGUGGGCCUUGAAUCUUCUAUGAUGCCUGUUUGGUUCAAGAUGUGACAAUAUGUGUGAAUGAAGCCAAUAUAGAAUGCUUGUUAAAAUCGGAGAUUUAGUCAGUGAGCAGCACCUCAGUUUGGUGAUUGAAAGACUGUUUAGGUUGUGUGAUACAUGUUCAAUAUCAGCAUCUUGACAAAAUCCCUAUCAAUAAUAAAUCCUUAAUGUUCACCUUGGCUUCUGUUUUUUAAACUACAGAAUGGUGAAAAUAUUUCUAAAACUUAAUUUGAUUCCUAAUUCAAAGACUGCUGCCCAGAGAGAGUGUUUUGGCAUCAUGAUGGUUCUUGGUCAAGAAAUUUAGUUUACAACUGAAACUUGCCCUACUCUGAAUGAAACAAGGAAUCAACUUGCAAAUUUUGUGUUCAAACUCUGCACUCUCUUACUAAUGAGACUUGUGUAUAAUAAGAUAAUUGUCCCUUGAAGCCAUGAACUGUUUUAUUUAGCUCAGUCAUGGGACCCUGAACAGAUUUGUCCUGUGAUCUGCCCAAGGUCCUGAACUACCAUAAUAAGGCCCUAAAGUUAUCUUUAAAAUUUUUUUUUUUUUAGUCUGAGUUUGUCCUUAUUUUAAACUUGUUUAUAAUGGCUCUUAAAUUAAAUUGCAGGAGUUGAAUUUUGUAAUUAAUUGGUCUCAUGGGGAUUGUGUCUGGUGAUUUUUUUAUAUAAGGUGUGAAGCGUGUGCAAGAGGGAAACCAUCCUAGGACAAGAAUUUUCUCAGUCCCCCCGCCGCCCCCCCUGCCACAUUGCUGUAGUUUUUCAUUAGACAGUGCUCAUUUACAAAGCAGGCGAGAUGUUCCUUUCAUUAGCAGAUCCCUGUUAAUUACUCUGCUUUGCCAUCUCUGCAGCAUUGUCAUAGCCCAGUUCUUGCAGGUAAAUUUUUCAUGCUGCUAUAAAUUCUAUUGGCAACUUUUAUUUGAAAAUUUUUUCAAAGUUGCCAUUUUAAACUGUUCACUUUAGUUUAAAAAAGUUUGUUUGAGAGAUAGAGUAGGAUUGGUGACAGUGAAGUUGACCUCUGGUUGUAAUGUAUGUCCAGUACCUGUCAUCUUCAGUAUUCUCACUGCCUAUUAAAUGGUUUUGUGCAUCAUAGUCAUAUUUCUGUAAGAUGGAUGGGAAUACAAUUUGGGGAGCAUAUUUUUUCUUUCCAGACCAGUCUAUAAACUGACCAUUACUGAGCACCUUCUUCCAAUGUUAGUUCAUCAAUCAGUUACAUAUUUAGUGCAAAUGUAGUUCAUUUCACUCCCCAGAUGGCCUAGUGGGUAAUGGGCACUACCUUGUAUAUCAUUAAUAAGCCAUAUGUAGAUCAGUUGGUCUACUGCCCUUAAUAGUCUAAUAGCCUAGCCCUUGCUGCUUAGGCUUGCGCAUGAAGGGUUACUUCAGGUACACAGGCUGGUGCCCAUCCAACUGUACCCCAGUAUGAGUCAAUACUUUUAAAGGAGGAAGGGAGAAUUUUGGGGUGAGAGAAGGAGUUUACUUAGUGAACAUCAGCUUUUGCCCCUCUGUCAGAAUAUCUAUCCCUCUUUUCAAAGAUUGACAUUCCAAAUGUAAGGUUCAAAUUUUUUGAACUGACCUUAGGACUUUUGAGCGCAUGAUGGAAAUUCUCAGUCAUGGGGCAUAUCCUUAAUGAUGUUUUAGUUAAGGAUUCUGAAAUACUUGGGAGGCCUGGUAUUCCAGAGUCCUAGCAUCCAGGUCUCCUAUAGUUGCUCAAUAUUGGAGUGAAGUGGCUUUAUAUAUAAAUCAUCACUCCUGUGAAAAUGUCUUUUUUUAUUAAAAAAACAAUUGUUUGGUAAAUAAAUGUUGUGAUUUGAUGUUGCAAUGCAAACCUAUGUCUAUCUUUGUUUACAAUCUGUUAAAUGGAAUACAAGUAAAAUACUUUUUUU